AUGGCCCCCUCGACAUCUAAGUCGACGCCGGGCUCGGAGGCCUCCGGCGCCUCGGCCGAUGAGACCGACGACGAGCUGUCCGCCUGUCAGGGCUGCGGCCGACGGCGACGCCUCGAGAUCUGCUACACCAUCGAGGACCUAGACGCCCUGGGCCCGGAGCAGCGCCAGCAGCUGCUGCAGCGUGGCGAGUCGCGCAAGUACAAGAGCUUCCUGUCGCCGGACGACGCGCUGCGCGACCUGCGCAAGCACGCCAGCCAGGGCGCCGAGAUCCGCUGGGAGAUGCACACCUCGCGCACCGACGUCAACCUGACGAGCCGCGCGCGCUGCGGCUGCCACGCCGCGGUCGCCGGCGGCAGCCUGACGCCGGGCUCGGAGAAGCGCCACCCCGAGCGCCCCGACCUGCGCAAGCACCACAGUGCCGAGGGCGACAAGUGGUCGCUGCGGCCCGACGCCGAGUACGACCUGCGCAAGCACCUGAGCGACGACAGCCGCAUGCACGACCGCGAGCCCAAGUGGACGCUGCAGGUGCCCGAGCUACACGUCAACCCCAGGCAGCGCUGCACCUGCCCGCGGCAGCCGCGCGCGCUCUCGCUCACGCCCUCGCCCUCGCCCUCGGGCAGCGCCGAGUCGCGGCGUCCCAGCCCCAUGCUCGUGCGCUCGCUCACGCCCGAGCUGCCGCCCAUGCGGCGCCGCGGCGAGUCCGUCCGCAGGCGCCAGCAGCGGGCCUCGCUGUCGCCCGAGCAGCCGGCGCCCUCGUCGCCGCGGCCACAGCCGCAGCCGCAGCCCCAGCCCGAGCCCGAGCCCGAGCCCGAGGCACAGCCCGAGCCCCCGCCGCCGCCGCAGCAGCAGCAGCAACAGGAGCGGGUCGACGCCAAGAAGGCGAGCAAGCGGGAGCGGGCCCAGUUGGGCGAGGCCAGACGCGCGAUCCGCUCCAAGUGGGCUGUCAAACCGCACUUCUCGCUGCCGGCCGAGCGCCGCGAGGAGCGCUGGUCCGGCUCGAAGGAGGCCAAGAGCAAGAGCCUGAAGGAGCGCCCCAAGUACAGCGUGCGCCGCAGCAUGUCGCCCGAGCCCGACCAGAUCCUGCGCACCGACAACCGCGUAGUGCGCCGCCUCAUCUCCGCGGACGUGCAGCUGCGCGACGCCAAGUGGGCGCCCUACGAAGGCCACUCGCCGUUGCCCGCCGUGGGCAUCAGGAAGCGCGAGACGAAGAAGAUCAGCGACAUCCAGUGGCGGCCUUGCGACGAGUCACCCAUCCGGCCCAAGCCGCGGCUGGCCGAGCUACGCGCCACCAGCAGCGACGAGGAGGAGACGGCCGACGGCCCCGAGGACUUCCACAAGAUCACGCCGCCGCGCGCGCCACCGCCCGAGCCCAGCGCCGACGAGCUGAACGAGGAGGAGCGCUUCCGCAUGCGCAUGCUCAACCAGGUGUCCUGCUUCCCGAUCUACCAGGGCGCCUGGCGCGAGGAGUCGCCGCCGCGCAGUCCGCCGCCGCCGCCGGCCGACCUGUCCACGCCCGUCUGGUCGCCGCACGACGCCAGCACCGUGACCGCCGCGCAGCUGCGCAAGCAGUCGCUGGCCCGGCGCUCGCCCUCGCCCUCGCCGCAGCCCUCAGUCUCGCCGGCCGCCUCGCCGGCGCCGCCGCUGCGCCAGCGCUCCACGCUGCGCGCGCGCGUCGGCCGCAAGAAGGCGGCGCGCGCCAAGUCGCAGGAGGCCGCGCGCCCCGAGCAGCGCAAGCGCUCGAGCGUGCACGCGGAGCAGCUGGCGCGCGCGGCGGCGGCGGCGUCCGGCCCCGAGGGGCCCCUGCCGGCCCGACCGCCGCGGCGGCCGCAGCUGCUGCGCGCGAGCGCGCUCGCGCUCGAGCCGCCGGCGCGCCACGCCGAGCUGGCCAAGCGCUCGCUCAGCGAGGAGGUGCGCAGCUACAACCCGCGCAGCGAGUCCACGCGGCGCGGCCUGUUCUCGCGCGCCAAGAGCGAGGACGCCUCGCGCUCGCGGCGGCCCUGGUCGCCCGACGAGGAGGACGAGUCCGAGCUGCGCGAGUACGUGACCACCGUCUGA